GGUGGCUUGGAGCCCUCAUUCGUGUCCAAGACAACCAACCAACAACCAAAAUGGAGCUGUUAUCAGUAUUAUUGGUUUUAGCUGCGCUACAACUGUGCCACUCCACAAGACUGACCGGCGACAUGGACAACGAAAUCCCGGUGGUAUCCGGCAACCCCGGCGCCUUCCGGGAGCAAGACGAGUGGAUCAAGAUCAGCGCCGCCCCCAAGGCCGUUAUCCGCAAGAUGACCGGUUCGUACGUUGAGGUCGAGUGCGAGGCCAUGGGCUCUCCGCCGCCGACGCUCCAGUGGUUCCGAGGAAACCAAGCUCUCACCGAGCAUCAAAGCUAUGACACCAACACCAUCUCCGAAGUACCCUCUCAAGGCCUGGGCAAAAUCCGCGGCCGCCUCGUCAUCAACUACCUCCUCCCCGUCCACGCAGUCACCUUCACCUGCGUCGCCCAAAGCGGCUCCAAGGUCGCCACUGCAGACACCACCAUUUACGUCAUCAAAAAUGAAGGUUUCGACCGCAACUUCACCCAACUUUUGACCACUAAAGUUAUCGGAGUACACCACGUUCCCAGAAUCUCCCUCUGGGCUCCCACCUACAUGGAUGUGAUCGGUACCAAUGUGGUCCUCCCCUGCCGCACCUUGGGCAACCCUAAACCCAGCCAAAUGUGGAUUGAUCCCCAGGACCAGAUCGUAAGCGAGGGUGAUGGCCGGGUGUCCGCUCUGCCUGAUGGGUCUCUUAGUAUUAGGUCGAUCAUUUGGGCUGAUAUGGGUGUGUACACUUGUAUGGCACGCAACAUGGUCGGCCAGGACUCAGUUGAGACCUUCCUCUAUCCCAUGAAGGAAUCGAAAUAGGGAGAAUGGGGGGCACUUUAUGUUAAUUUACUCAUUGUUCAGUUCGAGAAUAUUCAUAGGGUAGUUUGUUGUACGUUAUUUAUGUAAAUUAGUAUUUAUGACUUAGGUAUUUAUAUACAUACUAAUUCAA